AUGCGACUGAGGCCGGGUCCAGGGCGGCCGCUGCUACUAGUGCUGCUGUUGCUGCUGGGUACGGGUGCGGUGGCGGCGCGGGGCGCGGGCGAUCCUGACGACCCUCACUACCCGGAGGGCGAGCACCGCACCGAGUACGACCGCGAGGCGCUGCUGGGCGGCCAGGCAGAAGCAGAUGAAUAUGAGAAACUCACCCCAGAAGAGCAGCAGAAGAGACUGAGAGCGAUCAUUAAGAGAAUCGAUGUGGAUUCUGAUGGUUUCCUGACUGAAAAUGAACUCAGCACAUGGAUCCAGAUGUCCUUCAAACACUAUGCCAUGCAGGAGGCCAAGCAGCAGUUUGUUGAAUAUGACAAAAACAGAGAUGAUGUGGUGACGUGGGACGAGUACAACAUUCAGAUGUAUGACCGCGUGAUUGACUUCGAUGAAAAUACGGUUUUGGAUGAUGCGGAGGAGGAAUCUUUUAGGCAGCUUCAUUUAAAGGACAAGAAACGAUUUGAAGAAGCCAAUAAAGAUUCAGAUCCUGGUCUGAACCUUGUGGAAUUUAUUGCUUUUGAACAUCCCGAAGAGGUCGAUUACAUGACGGAAUUUGUCAUUCAAGAGGCUUUAGAAGAACAUGACAGAAAUGGCGAUGGGUUUGUUAGUUUAGAAGAAUUCCUUGGUGACUACAGGCGAGACCCAACUGCAAAUGAAGAUCCAGAAUGGAUACUUGUUGAGAAAGACAGAUUCGUGAAUGAUUACGACAAAGAUGGGGAUGGGAGGCUUGAUCCUCAGGAACUUUUGUCUUGGGUAGUGCCCAAUAAUCAGGGGAUUGCACAAGAAGAGGCUCUUCAUCUAAUAGAAGAAAUGGAUUUGAAUAAUGACUCGAAGCUUUCGGAGGCAGAAAUUAUGGAAAAUAAGGAUUUGUUUCUUACCAGUGAAGCCACUGACUAUGGGCGGCAGCUCCACGACAAACAUUUCUACCAUGAUGAGCUGUAGAAACACCAUUUCUCUGCCUCUGUUCGCAGGGCUGACAACUUUGUCAUCUGUUAACUAGCUUGACUUGGAGGAUAUCCAGUGUUGUGAUAUUAGGAUUGCCAUUCUAAGUUUUGCCACAUUCAAACAUUAUUAUAGAUUAUGGUCUUGGCCUUUUAGCAGAAAAACAAAGUGAACACAAGCAAACAUAGAUUUUUAAAAGGUAUUUAAGAAAUACAAAAUUAACAUUUUGCCAAAUGAAAAAAUCGAACUGUUCCUCAAUAUUCCCUAAUAUAGUACUUAAGUAGAUGGAGCAUUUGAGUUAUAUUACCAUACUUGAAUAAAAUGGAGGAUUUAAAUGAUGCCUGGACAUUAUGAUGUAAGUAUAAGUGACUAAGGUACUAGUACUUUUUGUUUAGUUUUAUGUAGAAUUUAAUAAUUUUGAAGGAAGGAGAAUGGACAAUGUUUAGGUUUAGUGUUUGUGUUAAAACCUUCAAAGGAACUUCCUAAAGGACUUACAUCUCAUAUGUUUAUGUGGAGAGGUUCUGUUUAAUUUUUAAACUGAUUUCUAUAGAGGGUUUUAUUGUAUGAAAUAGACCUUUAUAUUUUUGCAUCUGUAUAGAUAGUAAUUAUAUUUAAUGUACAACUCUAUAGCAUUAUGGUGUGUGGAAUUUAACAUUGUCCAGAACCUUUUGCAUUUUUGACUGAUUAAAAAGGAA